GCAUCCAAGGAAGAAGCACCCCGGGAGGUGCCCUCCACUGCUGAGUGGCAGACGGUCACAUUCAAAACCAGGGCUGCUCACAGCAAAGCGGUACCAGUUCCUCCAGUCCGGCUGGAUAACGGGUAUGAGGCCCUGGCAACACUGCAGGAGAAGGGAGGAGAGGAGGAAACCUCCAGUGAGGAGGCAUCUCCACUCUCUUCAUGCUCUGAACAGGCCAAAAGAGCCAAGCAGACCCGGAGGAGGAAGCGUCGAGUGUUCGUCAUAGGCAACUCCAUCCUGAGAGGUACAGACGGCCCCAUCUGUCGCCAGGACCCCUCAACACGUGAGGUCUACUGCCUCCCUGGAGCAAAGAUUCAGGACGUGACGGGGAUGAUCCAGGCCAUGAUCCAGCCCACCAAUUACUACCCCAUGGUCCUAUGCCAUGUGGGUACUAAUGAUGCGGCCAGGAGAAGCCCUGAUCACCUGAUGGUGGACUACCAUGCUCUGGGGGUGUGCUGAGGGAGAUAGGAGCACAGGUGGUAUUCUCCUCUGCCCUACUAGUGAGCAGACGUGGAAGACGACAUGAGACCUGCAUCAGAGAGACCAACUGGCGGCUUCAGGAAUGGUGUCUCGAGGCAGGCUUCACCUUCUUAGACAACGACCCACACAUCAGGACGAGAGACAUGCUCGGGUGGGAUGGGCUUCACCUUUCCCCCAAAGGUAAGUGUGUGUUCUCUUCUAGGUUGGCAGAUCUCCUCUGGCAGGCUUUAAACUAGGCUCGUCAGGGGAUGGGGAAGAUGAGGGCGGAGGAAGCCUUGGACCAAUAAACCAAGCGACACCCACAAGAACAGCCCAGCCUGGACCAACGACGAGCAGAAUGAAUAGCCAGGAGGUGGCAAAGAAUUAUCCCCGUUCUACAAAUGGGAGAACUUAAAGGAACACAGAGAGAUUUUGGUCCUUCUCCCCAUGCAAGCAUCCUGUCUCAUGGAGGGUUUCAAGUUCCUCAUAUGUCUUAUCUAAGCUUUUGACUGCACUGGUCUCUGCCUGACCCUGACAACCAGCUCUGAAAGGCAGUCCUAUCUGAUGUACCCCAAGCCAAAUGAAAAAUGCACUGCAUCUCUCACUGCCUUGCUCACUGCAGGACCAAGGACUCAGAGAAGUUUCAUCCCAGGACCAAGAGCUGUUUCAUCUCUGGAAGCAAGCCACAGCUGGAUGUUCUCUCGCAUUUCAGCUCCGACUGGGACGUUUUGAGCGCUGAUGCAUGCCUAGGUAAAAUGUGUUGUGGUGUAGCCAAUGUAGAUAUUUCUUGCUGCAGCGUUUUUGUUCAAAUGGAAGCCUUGGGCUUUAGUAGUAUUCAUGCCUAAGGAGGCUCUGAAAAUACGUAUCUGGGCUGAGGACCAGCACUCCCUGCUGAAGUCGAGUACACUAGUGAAGAGCAAGGUGUUACUCAAACAUGAAAUAGCUUCAGAGUUUUUUGGUAAACCGUGAAUUACUGAAAUCCCUCUAAUCUGCACGUUGAGAGGGAUUGCUAAUUGCAUGGUGCAUCAGUUUCCUGGAGUUUUUCUCAGACGGAGCAGUCUCUGCCAGUACGGACAAAAUCGGAACAGCACUGCCACUCCUCCCAGACAGCGAGUCAAGGAGGAGGACAGAAACAAGGUUGAUUUCUGAGCCAGGAGCAAGGAAAUGUAAAUCAAGCAAGACCAUAUUCACAUUUCUGUACACUGCAGCAUGAUGAAUGAAUCAAACUGCUCGUGUCAACAUAUGCCUGUUCAAAAGAGUGAGAUACUUCUGGUUGCAGUCUACAGUAUUGUUUUUGCCAUCGGUCUGCCAGCAAAUUGCUUUACUGCCUACUUAACAUGGCUACAAAUCAAAAAGCGCAAUAUACUUGCCAUUUACCUUUUCAGCUUAUCAUUAUGUGAGCUGAUGUAUUUGAGUACCCUGCCUCUCUGGAUUGUCUAUGUACAAAAUGAGCACCAGUGGACGAUGGGAUCAGAAACUUGCAUCAUAACAGGAUAUAUCUUUUUCUGCAACAUAUACAUCAGCAUUCUGAUGCUGUGCUGUAUAUCUAUUGAUCGCUAUGUGGCAGUAGUAUACUCUUUGGAAUCCAGAGGGACUAGAGAUCAGAGAACUGCAGUUUUCAUCACAGUUGUUAUCUUUGCUCUAGUGGCAGUAAUCCACUGUCCAGUGUUUUUUCUUGAUGAUGGCAAACAGACUUUAGAGAAGAAAACCUGCUUUGAGACCUUACCACUUCAGCCAACACUGGCUUAUUUUGGCAUUGCCAGGUCCCUAUGUGGAUUUAUCAUUCCCUUUGCAAUCAUCAGUUUCACAAACUACAAAAUUUUCCAAAAUACGAACAGAAGCAGCGGCUUAAAUGUUCACCAGAAAGCUAAAGUGAAGUACCUGGCAAUUGCCAUCAUCAUUAUUUUCCUCAUGUGCUUUGCUCCCUAUCAUGUGGUGCUCCUAAUAAGAGCCGUACACUAUUUUUUAUCUCCAGUUCAUUCAUGCUGUUUUGAACAGAAAAUAUAUACCACAUUCGUGGUAUUUUUGUGUUUCUCCACUGCAAACAGCAUCGCAGAUCCAAUCAUCUAUGUACUGGCUAGCAACAAUGUCAGAAAAGAAUUUUACAGCAGUCUGAGAAGCUGGCAACGUAACAUGUCCAUCACCCUGAGGACCGAUAGCGCCAAGUCAAGAGAAUCACAGGACGCAGCACAUGCAACAGAAAACAAAACUUUAAAGUAAGCUCCCCACGUUGGAAGGAAAUCCAGUGGUUCACAACACCUGUGGCAUUGCAGUCACGGUCUGGUGGCAGCAAUUCAAGUGUUCCCCAAAAAGAGGCUCCACGUUUGGGGCAUCACCACACAGGGAAGUUUAGGUGAUGACAUCUCAACCUCAGCAUGGUUUUCUCAUCGUGAAAGACACAUGUAGGAGGAGUCCUGCUAAGGCUUUGUAAUAGAAGAGGCUUCUGCUGACUCGACAUCCAAGCUACUUUGAGUAGAUGCCCGCCAAUAUUUCCAUUCUAAACCCUGCUCCAUAAGAGGCACAGACAGUAAACUGAGGGAUUUUGGUUCAAUUCCAGUAAAGUUUUAGGCUUUUAUUCUGAGGUGAAAACCUUUCCUCAGACACAUUCAGCAUCAGUAUAAGGUUCUGGAUGAGACUGUCCUGACUGGGAAGGAAGCUUUCUUGUGUCUCACAAAUGCAUGCACUUGUGGUAUUUAUGAUUAAAUGCUGGAAAAUAAGAAACACAGAAAUAUAUUUUAAAGACCUGAAAAUGAACCUAAUACAAAGGAACCACUGAGUUUACUAUACCAGAUGUCAGUAGGAGAAUGAAGACACCAAGAAGAGUCUUCUGUCCUGACUAGCUGCUAUGAGGGGCCAGAAUAAGUGACCAGAUUAGAACAUCUCAAUAGGAAUAAGCAGUCAGCUCAUGGAACACGUUUUAAAUGUUUGAUGUUAUAUAUAUAUAUAUAUAUAUAUAUCUUGGUGUAUAUUUUACUUAAGUCUUGUGUCACAUUGUUCAAUGCACUUACUUUUUUCUAGUAAAAGACUUUGAUGACUA